AUGGACGACUCCGGGAACCGUGGUUCUCUCAGAGGACCUCAUAUCACCCACGUCCCUAUCCAAUCUAUAUCUCGCCUUGCACCUUUCAGUGCUCUGAUUAUCAGCCUCGUCUUCGUCGUUUACUUUCUGAUUCGCUUUUACCUUCUUGAAGGAUUCCUCUUAAGAAAAGUUUACCGGAAAAUCUACACGCAAAUGAACGAGAUCACCCGACGAGGCUUCGUAAACCACCACAUCGCAGGAGCCACAAAGAUUCUGAUUCUGAUCAUCGCUGCGUAUCCGUUUGUUGAUGUUGCAUUUGUUCAUGAGGAUUUGCACACGCCGUUUGCUGGCUCAAGAUAUGUGACGAUGGGUGAUAUCUUGAUCGUCGCUGCCCAGAUGUAA